CCCGCGCAGGAGAGCUCUUUCCGGAAGCGAGGUCGUGCCAUGCUGAAGACCGGCUGGCCAGAGGCCUGGGGACUUCGGAGUGGUCGCUAAUGGGCAGGGUGUUUCGGUUCCUGAGGACAUCUGCGCAUCAGCCCUGGCUGAGUCUCAGCAACCCUCGGCGGACCCUGUUGAGAACAAGCAAGAGAGCAGCAACAUGAAGAAGAAGAGGGAGCGGCUGCCUUCGCACCUCGGGGCCUGGGACAGCCCUCACGACCCAGUCGGGUUGCACAACCUGGGACAGACCUGUUGCCUCAACUCCCUGAUCCAGGUGUUGAUCAGGAACGUGGGCUUUACCCGGAUACUGAAGAGGUUGAAGGUGCCAGUGGGCAUGGAGGAGCAGAAGAGAAACUUGCCCUUCCAGCUGCUCUUGCUGCUGGAGAAGAUGCAGGACAGCCGGCAGAAGGCCGUGCGGCCCAUGGAGCUCGUGUAUUGCCUCCAGAAGCACAACAUGUCGAUGUUUGCCCAGCACGACGCGGCCCAACUCUACCUCACAAUGUGGAGCCUCAUUAAGGACCAGAUCACGGAUGAGGACCUGGCAGAGCGGCUGCAGGCCCUGCACACGAUCCAGACGAGGGAGACCUUCGUGUGCCUGGACUGCGCUGGGCAGAGCAGCAAGGACAGCAGCAUGCUGGCCCUCCCACUGUCUCUCUUUGACGCGGACUCACAUCUCCUGGGGACGCUGGAGGAGGCCCUUCGCUGCUUCUCCCAGCCCAGGCCGCUGUCCGGCGAGAGCAGGUGCUUCUGCGAGCACUGUGGGAGGAGGACCCGCGGCCAGCAGGUCUUGAAGCUGACUCGUUUGCCCCAGACCUUGACGAUCCACCUCAUGCGGUUCUCCGUCAGGAAUUCGCGGACGGAAAAACUCUGCAGUUCCCUGUGUUUCCCCCCGAGACUGGACCUAGGUCAGGUCCUUCUGACGGAGGACGCUCCCCCCCACGAUGCCGAUGCCGAUGCCGAUGGCCAGCUCGGAGGGCAGUACGAGCUCUUUGCUGUGGUCGCGCACGUGGGGCUGCCCAACUUCGGCCACUACUGCGCCUACAUCCGGAGCUCCGCGGACGGGCGGUGGUUCUGCUUCAACGACUCCAGUGUGUGCCCGGUGUCCUGGGAAGACAUCCGGUGCACCUACGGCAACCGCAGCUACCGCUGGGGGGAAACUGCCUACCUUCUGUUUUACAUGAAGACUGAGCCUUAAUGGGUAUGCCCUAAUCCACAGAGACUGGCAAAGUUUUAUUUUCCUGUUCUAUUCCUGAAUCUGCUCUUUUAGGAGAUGCUGCAAUGAGGAGAAGCACCAUUUUCAAAUUGUAUAAUUAAAUUUUAUUUAUAAUCCAGUAAUUAUAAGCAUAUUUAACUGCCACCUCACAGGUGUUGACCAGUCGGAAGGGACAGUCCCCCCACCAGCUGGUCCUGGCCGCGAGGCCGGAGCGGGACGCUGGCCCUUGGGGUUGCGAGGCUGUGGACGUGUGGAUGCUGUCGGGGGGCCCGGAGCUGCCUGCAGCCCCCAGGGCGCAGGGGCGGCAGGGAAGUGUUCCAGUGUUUUAUAACCAGUGAGGUGGCACUUGCUGAAUAUCAUUUCUAUCUAAAUAUUUUUUAGUUUUUAAAACCUAUGUUAAUGCCUUGAAACUGAAGUGCUUUAUAAUUGCUAUUCGUGUAUGUGAUGGUGUGUACUGAGGACCCACUCUCCAUGAGAUUGCAUGUGAGGCACAGUAGUGAAUAAAGUUUUUUCUCUCUUA